AUGCUUUCAGUCACCCAAGCCCAAGCACUGUCAUCGGCUGACAGGUCGUCUGUCGCUGCCAUUCCAGAACAUGGACAGAUUCUCGACAUUGGUGGCAGUGCCUUGAAGUGUCUUAACAUCGACAAGCUCAAGGACACGCUUACUGCCAUUGCUGAAUCCAAAGACGCGCCAACUCUGCCUGAUGAGCUGUUGUAUGACGACGUUGGCUUGCUCAUGUGGAACAAAAUCAUGUCCAUUCCUCAAUUCUACCAGACCCAUGAUGAGACGGCCCUCUUCGACCUCAACAGUGCCGAGAUUAUCCGUCAACUCCCUCGUCAUAUCACAAUGAUUGACUUGGGUUCAGGCGAUACGAACAAGGUCGACCACUUUCUUGCCGAGUUUGAGAGAAAGAAAGUCCAAGCCACGUACCUUGCCCUCGACAUUUCCAAGACCUCACUGGACCAGAGCAUAGCGAGCUUGACUGCGAAUCACUCUGGCCCCGAUUCAGUCGUCAACUGCGCCGGCCUAUGGGGGACAUUCGAGAACGGACUCGACCACAUGAACAAGAUCAAAGGCCCUCGCCUGUUUCUGUCACUGGGUUCCGUACUCUGCAACGAUCCUUGGCCGGCCGCGCUAGGCCACCUUAAAAGAUGGGCUUCGGAGCUUCGGCCGGAAGAUCAUUUGCUGAUUGGCAUGGACGGUCACCUUGUUGCGGGCAACCGGGACAAGAUCUGGGCUGCCUACCAUUCCUGUGAUGACAUGUUCCGCGAAUUCUUUCUCAAUGGUCUGAAGAACGCAAACAAGCUUCUUGGACAUAAGCUGUUCAAAGAGCAAGAUUGGGAUUUUAAUUCCGAGUUGCAAGAAAAGCCAACAACGCGCCAUCGAUUCUUCAUGCGUGCCAGAAAAGAUGUCCGGCUACCGGGAGGCGACAACGUGAUUUCCAGGGGGCAAGAAAUCGACUGGUUUGACUCUCACAAGUACGGGGAGCAAGAUGUGCGCCUCAUGUGUGCCAAGGCUGGUUUGACUGUCCUUCAGUCUUGGGCAGCACCAGGCUCUGAAUUCCGCCAAUAUCUUGUGCGCACCAGGAGUGAGCACGAUAAUCUCGAGGACGGGGACAGUGGUAUUGCCGGCAUUAUUUGA